AUGCCGCCGAAGAAGAAGGGCGGUGGGGGCGGUGGCGCCCCCAAGGUGACCAUCGACAAGACCUUUGGUAUGAAGAACAAGAAGGGUGCGAAGGCACAGCAGCAGAUCAAGAUCAUUCAGCAGCAGCAGCAGCAGACGGGCAAGUCGAAGGAGGCGCUCGCGAAGGAGAAGAGGCGCGAGGAGGAAAAGCGGGUCAAGGCCGAGGCCGAGCGGCGCAUGAAGAUCGAAGGGCCGCCGAUUGUGCAGCCGCAUGUGCCGUUUGGUGUGGACCCCAAGAGUCUGACAUGCAACUUCUGGAAGGCGGGCCGCUGCGAUAAGGGAUCGAAGUGCAAGUUUGCACACUCGAACGAUGCGCAGCGCAAGACGCAGAAGAAGGAUCUGUACACGGACACGCGUGACCAGGCUGAAGACGAUAAGAAGAACGACACGAUGGACAAGUGGGACCAGGAACGGCUGAGCAAGGUGAUCAACAUGAAGCAUGGCAACCCUCGCACGACGACCGACAAGGUAUGCAAGUACUUCUUGCAGGCGGUCGAAGACGGCAAGUACGGCUGGUUCUGGGAGUGCCCCAACGGUGGCGAAAAGUGCAUGUACCGCCACGCCCUGCCGCCGGGCUUUGUGCUGAAGUCGGAGCGCAAGGAGAUGGAGGCGCUCGAAAAGGCGAACGAGAUCUCGCUCGAAGAGUUCCUGGAGAGUGCUCGCCACAAGCUGGGUUCGAAUCUGACGCCCGUAACGCCCGAGUCAUUCGCCAAAUGGAAGAAGGAGCGUCUUGACAAGAAGGCGGCAGAGGAAGAAGCGCAGCGCCAGAAGAAGGCGACACAGGCCCAGGCGAACAAGAUGGCGGGUCUUUCAGGCCGUGAGAUGUUCGCGCUCAACCCCGAUAUGCUGGAGGAUGACGACGACGACGACGACGACGGCGCAUUCGACAUGGCGACGUAUAUGCCGCAGGGUUGGGAGCAGGGGCGUGAGGAAGACGUGGACUCGGCACCCCACAACGACAUGGCGCAGCUCAGCAUCUGA